AAGUUGUCUGCUAUUUGUUGGCCAAUUCGUCUGCUGUCUUUUGAGCACGGGAGUCGACGCACGGCAGCUUGGUAAGUAAUUGUGAAAAUAAAAAUGGCAGAGUCUCGUACGUCUCUAAAACCAGAAGAAGAUGUCCUUUCACGACGUGAACUAUAUAAAUUCAGUCCAGAGGAACUAAGAGUAUUAAAAGAAUGUAAUUAUGAAAGUUUCUACUUCAGAAGUUUACCUUUGGGAACCAUACUCGGAGCUGUUGCUUUUUAUGGAGUCAAAUCGGGUUACUUAAAGGGUAGCACCAGAUGGGGUUCAUGGCCUAAAAUCAUUAUAGGUGCAUCAGUUGGGUACUUUGCUGGAAAGUUGUCUUAUCAAACAAAAUGUGCUGAAAAAUUGAUGACUCUUCCAAAUUCACCACUAGCAGAGGCCUUGCGUCAAAGGAAAGGGAAAAACAAAGGUUUCCAAGAAGUGUUUACUUCAGAACCUAUAAAUCUAGGACAAUCGUCGUAUACGUCUGAUGCCGAAGGCGGAAAUCAACCAGAUUAUUUACAAGAAAUAAGAAGUGAAGAUCGGUCGUACGAUGCUCCUCCAACUGCUGUUGGACUGAACGAUUCGUUUCGACCAUCGAUGGAUUCGUUUGUUGUCUCAGAACAGCCUCUGCCUUCUCCGGUCCAGAGUUCAUCGUCGUAUGACGAUCUUCGUCGAAGAAAUCGCGAGGAAUUCGAACAGAAGAGACUGGACGCUUACAGAAAAACGGAUGAAAUCAAAACGACUCCAAAUGUUGCACCGCCACCCAGCUCAGGUUACGCCGGUCCGCAAAAUCUGCCAACGGGAUCUCGCACUUCCGACAAGAAAAAUCUUUAUGGCGAUGUUUGGGAAGAGUAAAUAUCGUAGCCGGAUUAGAUGUAGGGUAAAAAGCAUCAAUUGAAUCGCCUUUAUAUUUUUGUUUACUUUGUAUUUCACAAUUUCAACCCUAACAUUAUAGAACUAUUAUAGAAUCAGUGAGAAACAA